UGGUGGAGGUGGAGGAAGCGCGCUCUAUCUCAAAAACGUUGGGGUCUGCUUGGUCCUCAACAAUUGAAAACCGUACAAAUUCAAUUUCUUCACAUAAAGCUCUCUCUUCCUUCUCCAUUCUUCCACCCUUUUUUUUCUUCUCUCCGCACAAAUCCCCAAAUGUCCGAUAGGAUACUGUGCAAGUUCUUUGUCCAUGGCUCGUGCUUGAAAGGCGAAAAUUGCGAAUUUUCCCAUGACUCUAAGGAUCCGCCCAAUAAUGUUUGCACAUUCUAUCAGAAACGAAUAUGUUUGUACGGAAGUAGAUGUAGAUACGAUCAUGUCAGAGCUGCUUCCAAUCUUCCUCUUAGCUCAGAUUCUGAGUCUUUAGAUCGCUCUAUAUCCACCACCCCCUCUAGGCAUUUGCAACAACAAGGCGAUAAUAAUGACGGUGACAAAUCCUCUAACGUUUACUGUAUCCACCCUAGAGAGUACCCGAUCUGCUCUUUUGCUGCAGCUGGUGAUUGCCCUCGAGGUAACCAGUGUCCACAUAUGCAUGGUGACCUCUGCAAUACUUGUGGCAAGAAGUGUUUGCAUCCUUUUAGACCCGAGGAACGAGAAGAGCAUACGAAAGAAUGUGAGAAGAAGCAGAAGCACAUUGAGGCUUUGAAACAAAGUCAAGAUAUUGAGUGUAGUGUGUGUUUGGAUCGUAUCUUGUCAAAGGCUACUCCAGGGGAAAGGAAGUUUGGGCUGUUGACUGAGUGUGAUCAUCCGUUUUGUAUACAAUGUAUUCGUAAUUGGCGUAGCAGUGCUCCUGUUUCGGGAAUGGAUGUCAACAGUACGUUGAGAGCUUGUCCUAUAUGUCGCAAACUCUCUUAUUUUGUUGUCCCUAGUGUGGUCUGGUACUCUUCUCCUGAGGAGAAGAAGGAAAUUAUCGACAUAUACAAGGCUAAACUCAGAUCAAUCGACUGUAAGCACUUCAACUUUGGAAAUGGAAACUGCCCAUUUGGAGCAAGUUGUUUCUAUAAGCAUGCAUAUUCUGAUGGUCACUUGGAAGAGGUUGUUUUACGGCAUCUUGGUUCUCAAGAAGGAGAAACUGUAAUAACAGACAGUAUCAGGCUAUCAGAGUUCCUUGGUGGCCUGCAGAUUUUCUAAAAUAUUUUUUCCCAGAUAAAUCGAAUAACACAAGGUGGUGAUGACAACUUAAUAUUCUUAUCAAACUCAUUUUGAUUCUGAGUUUUGACAAUCCUCUUAAAUAAGGUGAAGUAAUGUUUAUUUAUCUUUAUCUUUCAGAUUAUCGUACUAGAAUUUUCCUUGUUGGCUGAUUCAAGCUAUCUUCUUAUUAUAGAAAUGUAGACAUGCUCAGAGAGGAUAAUAGUUAAAAAGAGAUAAGGACACAGGAGAAACUCAAUGUAAUAAUAUUUAGAUAGGGAAUGUUACUCUACUACACAAUAAUGUAAAAAAAAAUGUGUGUGAAUAUACCAACAAAUAAUGUAAAUAAUGCUUUCAUAGCACUCCGUCUGUAAGAUAUUUUAGAUAAAUAAAAUUUGAGUUUCUAUU